AUCACAUCCGAGAUCCUGGGCUGCAGGCGAUCACGGCGGACAGAGAAACAUACACACACACACAGCAGCUCAGGAUGCGCGGUCAGGGCAGCACACGCAGCUGGGUCGUCGCAUUCUUCCUGUUCGCAGCCGCCUGCACCGGAGCCGCUCACCCUCUGGAGGACGACCAACCUGCAGCAGACCUGUAUGUGGUGGUGGGCUCCGCGGUCUCUGUGCGCUGCGAGGCCGGGACAGGGGCCGAAUGGAGGCGAAAUGGAACAGAGCCCCCUCUAGGGGUGGUUCUGAAGCUGGACAAUGUCAGUCUGGAGGACGGAGGACUCUACACCUGUCACACGGCUGGCGGAGACCUGCGGCGGAAGCUGUCGCUGCAGCCAGGCUACCCUCCGUCACCUCCCAAGGUCCACUGCUGGUCCCCUAACUACCCUUUGAGUGUCAUGUGUUCUUGGAACGAGGAACCUGAGCCCAUACUACCGACAAACUACACUGCCACCUACAGUUUGGAGAACUCUGCGGACGUGCGGCCGUGCCACAGCACGACGGGCCAGAGUCGCGUCUGCCUGCUAAGGGGGGCAGAGCUCUUCAGCAUAAAACCCCACAUACUCAAUGUCACGGCAAUCAAUCCUCUGGGCUCGUCCACGCGCCUCCUGCCCUUUGUCCUGGAAGACAUUGUGAAACCGGACCCUCCAAUGGAAGUCAGGGCGGUUCCUGUCAUGACGAAGCAGCUGGUCGUGGAGUGGUCUCCUCCUGCCUCCUGGUCCACCCUCGUGCACUUCCCUCUUAAGUACAGAGUGAGGUACCGCCUGGAUGGAGAAGAUAUUUCACGCACUCUGGGUCCAUAUGAGUCCACGAGGAUGGUGCUGAAGGGACUGAGGCCUGGGAAAACCUACCAUGUCCAGGUCUCAGCCCAGGAGCUGCUGGACCUGGGACAGAGCAGUGACUGGUCUGCUCCCGUGAGUGCCACUGUGUCCCCGCAGUGACACAGCAGAGGCCUCCAGGCUGUCAACACACACACACACACACACAGAGCAAGGGGCACACUGGGACUCAUUAGCCCUCAAGAAACACUUUCUCUCACUGAGGCUUUAAGUGUGACUUGCUACACACACACACAAAAUUAAUAUAUGUAUCUCUCCAAAUCCUUAGUUACAGAAGACAUAUGAAGAGCAAAUGGUCAUGAAUAAAUGAGACAUUUGAACCUUCCAUCAUGUUUCUAUGUUUCUGUAGAAUAUUAAAUACAUGUUUGGUGUGGGACAAGAAGUGUGUUGUAUGCAAAAAUAACAAGCCAAGGGAUGAGCAGCUGAAUGCUGCUAUAUCCAGGGAGUCAUGGGGAGAUAGAUACAAGGUACAUCAAAAAACAAUUCAGUCAUGCCCACAGAUGAGACAUCUGAGCUCAGAAUUAUUGUUACUCAGAAUACUCACGCAGACACAUACAUCGACAGAACUGCAAGCCCAAGGACAGAUUUCUCCUUCUAUAUGUUGAAGACCCCACAAAAUGAGACCACCAGAUACACGGUGACUCGUGUAAAGACAAGGGCUGGAGUACCACUGGAUUUUUAAAACCAUUUAAAACAAUUACUUAAGGAGUUAAAAAAGGUACAUAAAACAUGGCGCCAAGCUGG